AUGGAUUCUGAUUCCCAAGAUUUAUAUUCAUUAGAAAAGAGGGAAGAAACUACUAAUAUAAUUAUAUCAUACAUCAGUCUUCAACUUACAACCCUAACUGAGGUAGAUUUUGAUACCGUAGAAGAGAGAAUUAAUCAUCUUUUAGAUUCGAGUUCAGAAUAUUUGGUUAUUAAAUAUUGGGAAAGACUUAUUUUACUUUGUUCCAGUGGCAUUAAAUCUAAUCAUAAUAAAUUAUCUCCAGACUUAAAUCUAUAUCAUAGGCUAUUACUUCAUUUAAUACAGGAAUUACCCUAUAAGAGUCAAGAUUUUAUCGUUCUUUUGAUUAAAAACAUCUUUAAGGAUAAUCAUUUCAUUAAACAAACCAAAUUAUUAUUUGAAGAUUAUUGUGAACUACUGUCUAAUCAUAACAUUGAUCCUUUAAUUAUUGAUCCUUUGCAAAAACAUUCCAUCUUACAGACGAAGCUAAACACGAAUACCAUGAAUAAUUCAACCCUUUUGUCUCAUCUAAUUAAGCAAUCAAAUUUGGAUAAUAUCGAAUCGAAUUUGACAGAUGUGUUAGCCUCUUUAUCUGGAGAGAGCCUGAAUGAUAUGGUAGCAUUGUUAUUAUCAGAAAUUUUAUCCCCCGGCUCUCAGAAUUUACAAAAGGAUGAGAACAAUAAUCCACAAUUGAUAAGUUGGUUCACUUCUCAAAAUAUCCCAGAUUCAAUUAAGGUUGGUGUUAAAAUAUCUAAUAGUUUACAUAAAAUAUCCAGUGAAGGUUCAAUUAAUUGGAAUCGAGUGUUUAAUUUAAUUUCUACUAAAUAUUUCAUGAAUAUACCAAUAAAGGCUACGCUAGCAUCCUUGAACUCUUUAUUUUCUAUAUUAAGAACAGGUGACCUGAUUGAUCAAUUUUUCAGUUGUGAUUGGAAUAUAUCUUUUAAAUUGCUGUUAUCCUGUUUGUUACAUCAAUGGAAAGUGGAUGAGCAUGAUACAGAUUCUGGUUAUUUUGAUCUUUUAAAUGUUCCAAAUAUUAAGAAAGUCUCGAAAACCUUGAAAAAUACACAAGGUUCUUUGUUAUAUUUAAUGUCAAUAUCUGUAUUGGAUUUAGAAAUUUUCUUAUUAAGAGAUGAAUUGAAAGAGAAUUCAAUGUUACCUAUGUUCCAAGAAUAUUUCUUUCAAGAUUUUAGUUUUGUUCCAGAGUAUUUAUAUCUAGCAAUGACUCAAAAUUUGAAACAUUUCGGAUUUCUAGUGGAAAAUAGAAAUAUUAUUGAUGAAAUCAUUGUCACACUAUUUGUCCAAAUCUAUCAAAAGCAUUUCAAUGAUGAUGAAUAUCCAUUAAGUGAUAUGGUUUCAUUUUUACCAAAUAGAGACAAAUUAUUGAUCGAUAUUGGUACCAAAUUGUUAUUGAAUAAGGAUAUUCAAAUGAAUCACUAUUUCAGCAUUAUAACAAAACUAGAUAGAUUAGAUUAUUUUGUCACUCAUGUCCCAUUUAAUGUUAUUUUCAAAUAUUUGCCACUAUUGAUCUAUUCUGGUUGGAAAGGAUUUGAAUCUUUCAUGAAAACGAAUUUGAAUGUUAACAAUGUUUCAGUUAUUCUUCAUAAAUUGGAAAGUCAAGUUAAUGAGGGUUCAAAUUCAAAUUUCAAUGUAGCUAAUAAUUUUGAUCUCGGUUCGUUGAAAUUUUUAAUCACUUUAUUGAUGGAUAUGCCACUAUCAAAUGAUCAAUUAGAAAGGUAUGAGAAUUUACAAUAUAAUAUCAUCAUAGCCUUCCCCAAGAUUAUUUACAUUGAAUUUGGCAAUGAAGAUUUCAAGAAUAGUGAACAAUUUGUCCCCUUUGGCCCAGAGAUAGAGGAAGAGAUGCAAAGUUAUUUGCAAAAGAUGUACAGUGGAGAAAUAUCUAUUAAAGAUGUUGUUGAUGUUUUAAGGAGAUUAAAGGAGAGUAAUGUAAAAAAAGAUAAAGAUGUAUUUGCUUGUAUUACCCAUGCUAUUUUAGCAGAAUGUGUUUUCUUUAAAGAUUAUCCUUUGGAAGCCCUCGCUACAACAUCUGUUUUAUUUGGUUCCAUGGUUCUAUUUAAUAUUUUUAGUGGGUUUAUUUUAGAUGUAGCAUUACAUAAAAUAUUAGUCUUUGCUAAAGAAGGUCCUGAAUCCAAGAUGUUUAAAUUUGCUAUUCAAGCUAUUUAUGCCUUUAGAAUGAGAUUAACUGACUUCCCACAAUACUGUAAGGAUAUUUUAAAGGAGGUCCCUGGUUUGCAAACACAGACCCAAGUUUAUCAAUUUAUUUAUGAUGCUGCACAGGUUAGUGAAAAAGUUAACUCGAGUAAACAAGGAAAAACUAUCGCACCAGUUGAAUUAAUUCCACAAGAAUAUUUCUUUGUUGGUGAAUGGAAUGCUCCAGUUCCACAAGAAACUCCGCCAAAAGCAAUUACUGAAAAGGUGCUAUUUAUUGUGAACAAUUUGACCAUGGACAAUUUUAACGACAAGAUAACUGACUUGAAAGAAUCAUUACAAUCAAAUUACUAUGCAUGGUUUGCAAAUUAUUUAGUAAAUCAAAGAGCUAAGACUGAACCAAACUAUCAUGAAUUAUAUGUUAAAAUUGUUACUGCUAUUGGAUCAGCAGCUUUCCAUGAAUGUAUUUUAAUUACCACUCUGAGACAGUUAUACGUAUUUAUUGGAGCUAAAGACAUUCAAAAACUAGAUAAAAAAAUUUUAAAAAAUUUGUCACAGUGGUUGGGUAUUAUUACUUUAGGAUGUAAUAAGCCUAUUAGAUAUAAGAAUGUUGCUUUUAGGGAAUUAUUAUUGCAGGCUUACAAAGAAAAUAGGCUUGAUAUUGUGGUACCAUUUGUGACAAAAAUCUUAGAGAGUGCUACAACAUCCAAAGUUUUCAAAUUACCAAACCCAUGGACUUUAGGGAUCUUGAAAUUAUUAUUGGAAUUGAACAAAAAGGCUAAUUGGAAAUUAAGCUUAACAUUUGAAGUAGAAGUUCUAUUUAAGACCUUCAAGUUAUCUAUGAAGGAUAUUGAGCCAACUAAUUUUAUUGAGGUUCCAGAUAUCGUUGAAACCUUAUCUGGUAGUCUAAAUGCAAUGACUAUUGAACAACAACAGAUUGAGCGUCAAAAACAGGGUUUAUUAAUGCAACAAUAUCAGCAACAAAUCUUAAUACAUCAACAAAGACAGCAACAGAUAAUGCCAAUGGUUAGUGAUCAGCAACCGGGUUUUUUGUCAGAAAAUAUCACCUACUCUAAUGAGGCACCAUUUAGUAAUUUAUCUGGGUCUUCCAUUUUUGUUACUCAUCCAGAAUUGAAACGUAUUUUUCAAAUAGCUCUGGCUAGAUCUGUUCGUGAAAUAUUGGUACCAGUUGUUGAAAAGUCCUCCAAUAUUGCUGUCGUCACUACUAGCAAAAUUGUUGUUAAAGAUUUUGCUACUGAAGUGGACGAAAUGAAAUUGACAGUUGCAGCUCUUACAAUGGUAAGACAGCUUGCAGUAAGCUUAGCAAGAGCUACUUCUACGGAACCAUUGAAAGAUGCUAUUCGCACGACAACUCAAUCUCUUAUACCAAAUUUGGUUACGUUGCCAGGGUCGCCAUUGGAGGAAUUAGAUUUGGCAAUUAAUGAUAAUAUUAGUUUAGCACUUAAUCUAAUUGAAGAGGCUGCUAGAGAAAGAGCCUCACAAGAGAUCAAUGAAUCAUUAUUGCAAGCCAUUGCUAUUCGUCGUUAUCAUCAAGAGAGAAGAGCUGAUCAACCUUUCUUGGAUCCUAAUGGUAACUUUUAUUCGUUGUCCUUACCAGAACCUCUUGGUUUGAGAAAUGCUGGUGUCACACAACAACAAUUUAGAAUAUAUGAAGAAUUUGGUAACAUGAUUCCAACUAUUGAUAGUAAUGGUAUGUCUACACAAAAUAUUGCAUUAUUCAAACAAAAAAUGCAACAAACUAUGUUGCCACAAGAUCAACAACCUUCCACUAACCAAUUACAACAUGAUGUACCAAAUAUGGUGUCGCAACAAUCAGUUCAACAGCAGCAGCAACCAACUGUUCAGAAUCCCCAAGUUCAACCAGUAAUUCAAAACGAACUUGAACAAAAUCAUAGAGUUUUGGUACAUCUUAUGGAUGUUUUGGUGGCGCAAAUUAAGGAAAAUGCCGACAAGUCUAAAUUGAUUGAUCUUGGUGAGCAAAAUCAAAUCAAGAAUAUAAUUUUUCAAAUUUUGACUUUUAUUGCCAGAAGUCCACAGAAAGAUCAGUUGGCUUUGAAAGUUGCACAAGCAGUUGUGAAUAGCUUAUUUGCUACAAGUGAAAGUUCAUUAUGCAGGGAGGUGUUAUCUUUAUUACUCGAAAAGUUAUGUUCUUUGUCUCUCGUAGCAAGAAAGGAUGUUGUUUGGUGGCUGAUAUAUGCUCUAGAUACUAGAAAAUUUGAUGUUCCAGUUAUUAGAGCUUUAUUAGAGGUUAAGUUAAUCGAUCCUGCAGAACUAGAUACUGUUUUAGUUACUGCCAUGGAAAAGAAAAUGGAUAAGUCUGUAGAUUUUGCUAUUAGUUUAUUAAAAGAUGUGGUCUUAUCUGAUAAUCCAUUAUUAAUGAAAAUGGAUUUUGUGAGAACAUUAGAGUAUCUAGGUUUAUCUGAUGACCAUAAGGUUAAAAAAUUCUUAAAGACAUUUGAAAAGGAGAAAGUAUUACCAGUACAGGAUAAUACAGAGAUCUCUGCCACUGAAAAAUACUUCCUUGUGUUUACUGAUUGGGUCAAAUUGUCACAAAGGGUUGAUUAUGACGAUAAAAUUGUAAUGGUAUUUUUACGUCAAAUGGUGGACAAAGGAAUUCUAUCGGAUACUGAUGGUUUGAUUAAAUUCAUAAAAGCUGCCUUGGAAUUAUCUGUCUAUUCAUUCAAGGAGAGUGAUCCUACUAGUGAUGUGUUUACGGCUAUUGAUGCAUUAAGUAAGUUGAUCAUUAAAUUACUAAUUAUUCAAGACUUUUCAGGAUAUAGUAGAAAAGAAUAUUUGAAUACCAUUGGUUCCAUUAUUCUAUUAGUAUUCUCUAAGGAUCAUGAAAGAAAGGAUAGCGACUUUAAUGAAAGACCAUACUUUAGAUUAAUAUCCAAUUUGUUCUACGAAUGGUCUAAGAUUCGUGGUCAUAAUUUUGCUAAAAUUACUGAUGUAAAGAUAAGAAGAGAGUUGCGUAAAUUUGAUAAUGAUUUUUACAACUGUUUUGCCUCCUUCUUACAUUCCAUGCAACCAUUUGCAUUUUUUGGUUUUACAUUUGCUUGGGUGUCAUUGAUCUCACAUAGAAUGUUUUUGCCCAUGAUCUUAAGUCUUCCAGAUAAAGUUGGCUGGGAAAAAUUCAUGUUAUUGAUUAUUGAUUUAUUUAAGUUUUUGGAUAAAUAUACAAAGAAGAAUUCAGUUUCAGACGCUAUAUCUGUUGUUUACAAGGGGACAUUACGUAUAAUUUUAGGUAUAUCAAAUGAUUUUCCAAAUUUCUUAAUUGAGAAUCACUAUGAAUUAAUGAAUAAUAUUCCAUGUACAUAUUUUCAAUUGAGAAAUGUGAUUCUAUCUGCUAUUCCAUUAAAGACGAUGGUUCCAAAUCCCUAUGAUUCAGAGUUGAAAUUAGAAGAAUUGGAUAUGUGUAGUGACAGACCAGAAGUAUAUUACAACCCAAUCAAUGAUAUAUUAUCAAUCAAGAAGCCUGUUGACAAUUAUUUGCGUAUCCCAUCAAACUCUUUGUUGAGAACAAUUAUGAAUGCUAUGUAUAGAACGGAAUAUGAUGUUCAAAAUGGCGUUGGGUAUGACUUUUUAAGUGUUGAUAAGAAAGCGAUUAGGGCUCUUGUCUUAUACGUGGGUAUUGAAGCAGGAUUAGAAAAUGAAAGAACUUCUUCAAGUGCAAUUUUCAAUCCAGAGUCGUCAUACUAUGCUUUGUUAUUUAACAUGUUGAACGACGGGACAACUGAAUUAAGAUAUCAAGUGUUGCAAGUAAUGUUAGAACAGUUAAGAUAUCCAAACAUUCACACACAUUGGUUCAUUUAUAUGUUAUUGAACAUGUUUAAUUCAAAAGCAUUUGGUGAAAGUUUAUUGGAAAUACAAGAAAUCAUGUUGAGGUGUAUUUUGGAGAGAAUUAUUGUUAACAAGCCACAUCCAUGGGGUAUUACUGUAAUGUUUUGUCAGUUGAUUAGACAGCAAGGCAAUAAAUUGUUAGAAUUACCAUUUAUUCAAGCCAUCCCAGAGAUUGAAAAAAUUUUCCAAGUUCUAUUAAAAUAUACAAUCAGUAAACCGGAAGUCGAGUUAGUUGAUGAUCCAAAGAAUACUGAGGUUGUAUCCGCAGCAUCCAAAUAG